UGUGGUUCCUGUCAGAGGCGCCGUAGACGGACACAGAUGAGCUCCUCGGUCCAUGUAGACCCAGAGAUGUCGGAGUCCCCUGAUGCCCGCAGCCUGCGUUCUGCUUCCUCCCAGCUCAACCUGGCGGAGGUGGACACGAUCGAUGAUAAGGAGUUUGAUAUUCCCCAAGUGGACACACCUCCCACUUUGGAGAGCAUCCUCAAUGAGGUUGAGGAUGAGGAGGAACCAUUUGUGUUGGAGGACACCUGUGUACUAAGCACAGACAACAUGGAUGCUCACUCCUGUGACACUUCCUCUCUGGCCAGCUCUGACAGUGGAGACCCAGCACACCUCAAACGGAAAAGGAGGACAGUAGAUCUGAAUGCAACAGUUCAUGGGUCUGUUCUUCGACACAGCCUGCUGAAGGGCAUCUCCGCACAGAUCGUUUCUGCUGCUGACAAAGUGGAUGCUGGACUGCCAACUGCUAUAACAGUGUCAGGUGUGAUUGCUGUGGGAACGUCUCAUGGUCUGGCUCUCGUCUUUGAUACGAACCAGGCCCUGCGGCUUUGUCUGGGUACCAAGACAACUGGGGCAGAGUUUGGAGCUGUCUCCGCCCUCAGUAUCAACCACGAUUGCUCACGACUUCUUUGCGGGUUUGCCAAAGGACAGAUUACAAUGUGGGAUUUAGCCAAUGGGAAACUUCUGAGAACUAUUACUGAGGCCCACCCUCCAGGGACAGCUAUACUGCAUGUGAAGUUCACAGAUGACCCAACUCUUGCAGUGUGCAAUGACAGUGGAGGAUCAGUUUUUGAGCUGGCCUUCAGGAGGGUGAUGGGGAUGCGGUCCUGUGACUCUCGAUGUCUCUUCAGUGGUUCUAAAGGGGAGGUCUGCUGUAUUGAACCAUUGCGUGCUCCUCCAGACUUCAGAGACCAUCUCAUCACACACUACUCUCUGCUGGCUAUGGCCUCUCUCACUAAAAUUCUAGUCAUUGGACUAAAGCCCUCCCUGAAAGUCUGGAUGACUUUUCCCUACAGCAAGUCUGAUCCAUCCAGUGUUCCUCAGCUAGCCUGGCAGUUUGUUCCUGUUCAGAAGACAGUCAACCCAAUCCUGGCUUUUUGCAAAGGAGAUACAGUGCACUUCCUCCUGGUAAAGAAGGAGGAGACAGGGACCAUCCAUGUCAUCAAACAAAGACAACUCCACCUUAGCUGUGACAUCAUUAGCCUGAGUUGGAUUAACAGUCGUACAUUGGUCCUGGUAGACAGCCAUGAAAAGCUGCACGUUGUGGACCGGCCCAGUCAGGAGGUUUUGGAGACUCUGGACUUGGAGCAGGUGCAACUGGUCUAUAACAGCCGACAUUUCAAAUCCCUGGCCACUGGAGGGAAUGUCUCCCAGGCUCUGGCUUUAGUUGGAGAGAAGGCCUGCUACCAGUCAGUCUCGAGCUACGCAGGACAGAUCGUCUAUUUGGGCACCAAGUCGGCUCACAUUAUGACUCUAAGGAACUGGAGAGAGCGUAUAGACUGCCUGCUGAAGCAGGAACAUUUUGUUGAAGCGCUCUCUUUGGCCUGGUCCUUCCAUGAGGGAACUGCUAAGGCUGUGGUUGGCCUGUUUGGAGAUCCAUUAAAAAGGAAGGGUGUGGUAGGUGACAAGAUGGUAGAGAUCCUUUGCCAGUUUGCAGAACAAGUUUUGAAGAAGUGUCCAGAACAGGGCAAGAUCCAAGUGAUGGAGCAACAUUUCCACGAUGUGGUUCCAGUCCUGGUGGACUACUGCCUGCUACUUCAGAGAGCCGACCUGCUGUUCAACCAACUGUAUGCUCAGCUGGUGGAGAACACAGUUGCUAAGGGUGUUUUCCUUGAGUCGCUGGAGGCAUACAUUGUUGUGGACCGCCUUGGUCACCUAACUACACCCAUCAUGAGGGACCUCCUGGCUCAUUACCAUGCCAAUGCUAUGAUGGACAGCCUGGAGAGAUGCAUAGUCCAUCUGGAUGUCACAAGCCUGGACAUACAGCAGGUAGUUCAAGUGUGUUGGGAGAACCAACUCUAUGAUGCAAUGAUCUACGUUUUCAACAGCGGAAUGAAUGAUUACGUUACACCUAUGGAGAAACUCUUUGCAAUGAUUGGACCACCUCUUAGGGAGGGGAGGAGCCUAACAGAUGAGGAAGUGGUGAUGGGAAACAAACUUCUGGUGUACAUAAGUUGCUGCCUUGCAGGAAGGGCAUAUCCACUGGGAGACAUCCCUGAAGGUCUUGUGGUUCAAGUCAAGAACCAGGUGUUUGAGUUCUUGAUCCGUCUCCAUUCAGCUGACUCAUCGGAGGAGGAGGAGGUUUUCCCGUUUAUUCGUACACUCCUCCACUUUGACACCCGGGAGUUUCUCAAUGUCCUUGCCAUGACAUUUGAAGACUUUAAGAAUGACAAGCAGGCCCUUGAGUAUCAGCAGAGGAUAGUGGACAUCUUACUUCAGGUGAUGGUGGACAACCCAGACUUUACUCCCUCCCAGGUGGGCGGGCUCUUCACCUUUUUGGCUCGACAGUUGGCCAAGCCAGACAACACUCUUUUUGUGAACAGGAAGCUCUUUGAUCAGGUUCUGGAGUUCCUGUGCUGCCCAGACGAUGACUCCCGACACACUGAGAGGCAGCAGGUCCUUCUGGAGCUACUGCAGGUUGGGGGUGUGGUCCAGUUUAAUGAAGGAAGGCUGUUGGCUUUGGCAGAAAAGGCCAAGUUCUACCAAAUCUGUGAAUUUCUUUAUGAGAAGAAACAUCUGUAUGACAGGAUCAUUGACUGCUACCUGAGAGACCCCCUAAGAAAGGGGGAGAUCUUCAGCUACAUCCACAAUCUGCUGUCCAUGCCUGGCUACAGCCCUGAGGAGAAACAAGCAGUCAAGGACAAAGUAUUACAACACACCCAGGAGCUGGUGACCCUUGACCCCUGCAAGUCAGCUGACAUAGUGGUGUUUCACUUCACUGAAGAGGUGCAGCAAAUUAUCUCUGAGCUCGAGGAUGACCAGCUACUUUUCAAGUUCCUCAGCUGCCUCCUGGAGCCAUGGGAAGGCCAUCAUUCAGGGACCGUCCUGCCUCUGGAACGUGACCUCCAUGAGCUUCUGCUAGACUUACUGUGCCGCUUUGCGCCCCAGCAGCUCCUUAGCUUCCUCCAGACCUCACAACACUACAGACUGGAGGAGGCCAUACAAAUAACAGAGAAGUACCACCAUAAUGAGGCUACAGCCUAUCUGCUGGAGAAGAAGGGAGAUGUUCAUGGAGCUUUUUCUGUCUUGUUAGAGACAUUGAAGGGAAAACUGUGUCUCCUCACUACUGAGAGUGACACAGGAGUUGAAGGAGGAGAUGGAAGACAGGAUGAAGAGGAGAGACACAGUGAAUCAACACUGACAAGAGUAACGGAUUCACUGAAUGACAUCAUUGCCUUGUGUCAUCGAAGCUCUCAUAACCUCUACCAGCAAGAAAGAGAGGUUCUGUGGUUUCCACUUCUGGAGACCAUGAUGGCUUCUCAGAAACUACUGAAAGGGCUCAAUGCCAAACACACCUCUGAGGUGCUGAAAGAGCUGACAAUGAAGGUUCUCAACUGUAUGAGCAGCUUUAUUUCUCUGCCUUCCAUCAUCAAACAAAUACUGCAGGACCCAGUUUAUGGGAAAGGAAAGCUGGCAGAGAUUCAAGGCCUCAUUCUGGGUAUGCUGGACACUUUUAACUAUGAACAGACGUUACUCGAAACAACCACCAGUCUGUUGAACCAUGACCUCCACUGGUCCCUGGCUCACCUGCGUGCUGCUGUCACAAAGGGACUCCACCCACGACAAGACUACUGUAACAUCUGCCUCCAGCAGUACAGGAGGAGACAGGAUUCAGCUGAGGAGAUCAUUGUGUUCAGCUGUGGCCACCUGUACCACUUCGGGUGCCUGCAGCAGAAGGACUGUGGGUGGGGUUUUGCUUCAGAGCUGCAACAGCGGUGGAGCUGCUAUAAGUGUUCCUCAGGCCAAGGAGGAAGGGGCGGGCCUUCCACCGAACCAAAAAGAGGCCGCAGUACGUCCCUGGCACAGACUCGUGUUACAUCAGUGCAUCAUGACCCAGGAGCAGAGGCUCACAGGAAGAAGGUUUUUGUUGAGGCAACACUGGACCUUCAGCAGGAACAGUCCUGGGAUCAUCUACGCCGUUUAUACCGAGGACCAUCCAGGUUGUCAAUCCUUUCAGAACUCUCCCACUGCCAUAGUGAUGAGAAGACAGGGCUUUUAAUCCCAGCCCAACCAGGAGCAGAGAAUUUCCUACUUAAACUUUCGCCUCCACCUCUGUUGGAAGAGUAGCAUGGUGACUGGUUGAGGAGCAAUUUUUCCUUCAUUUGUGUAGACUUCAGUCAAGUAGAAUUCGGUUAAAAACAGGAGAUUGUGCUUUCUUCUCAUUUCCUAUAUUCGCCUAACAAUUUACAUCAGUGUGGAUUGUAGAGUUCCACUGCUUUUUUGUUGUGAGACAUUUGAUAUUGUAUAACUACAGUAGUUCAUGUAACUAUAUCAAAAUGUUUAUAUCAAAACAAACUGUUCAAUUGAUAAUAUUAAGUCACUGAUAAUUUUACCCAAUGUGGCUUUCUUGUUUGGUUUGCAUGUUGGUGCUGGGAUGUCAAAAGGUGGAUCCAUUUCUGAAAUGUUACAGCAUUUAUUUUGGAGAGGGAAAUGAUGCUGAAUGUUUGUUUACAAGCAUAUUCCAGCUUGUGUGAGAAAUCUCCCAUCACUUUGGAAUGUACUUUGUUGUAGUAGAAUCAAACUUAAGGUUCGGCCGUGUUACCACACAUUGCAGAACAGAAUUUUGAUAAAUGAUAAAUCCUGUUUGGGCCUCUUUUUUUUAAAAACCAAUCAUUAGGAGAAAAGUCAUCUUCUAAGUACGUUAGGGACUACACAGAAAUUAUUUGGGGUAGUGGGGAGGUCAGAAAGAAGUGAUGUAUUUUUUCUUUUUACUCAAGGAAGCAUAGACUGACUUUUUUGGGGGGAACAGUAAAGGUUCUUUUAAUUUUUGGUCUCUUAAUUUCAGCCUUCUAUUGCAGGAUUUAUUUUUUAAAAACUAAUCAGCUGGCCAUUAAUGAUGGCUUUAGCGUAUGCAGUGGGUCAUAAGGGUGCACUUUCAUAUGCAGAGAAGAAUAAUCGUGUCGGGAACAGACCACAACAUCAUUGUUGCCAAAUUAUCCAAAAUUGACCCAGAAUCCAAACAUGAACCAAAUUUAAUUGCGAAAUGAUUUUAAUGUUAAGUGCAAAAUUGUCAUGCUUUUUUUGCAAGUUUGCUCUCCUUAGGUUUUUAUGUCCACAGGAUUGUACCUGUAACUUUUUAAAAAAAA